AGCCAGCCCUGACCCAGCCUGCCAGGCCCCCCACCGGCUAGCCUUGAGGUGAUGGAGUAGCCCAGCCUCCACGGCCGGUCCCCACUCCCCACCUUUCCGUGAUGACAAACCAGAAACUGAAACUGAAACAGGCUCUCGUUAGAGAUGAGUCACCCUGGCACAGCCGGCCCUGACUCAGUCCGGUCCCCCACCUGCUGGCCUUGAGAUGGAGUAGCCCAGCCUCCACGGCCUGCCCCUCUCCCCAACUUCCCCUGAUAACAAACCAGAAACUGAAACUAAAACAAGCUCAAGUUAGAGAUGAGUCACUUCCCAAAGUGACGGCAGUCAGUCGCUGAGAAGUGACACCAGACAGACAGACAAGAACCCGGGGCACUGAAGCAGACAGGACGUUGAGGGUCGCCAAGGAGCAUGGCAGGCAGUCCCGAGGUGGUGGCCAUGGACUGCGAGAUGGUGGGUAUAGGACCUCUAAGGGUGAGCGGCCUUGCCCGCUGCAGCAUCGUGAACCUCUAUGGCACAGUCCUGUAUGACAAGUACAUCCGGCCCGAGGGAGAGAUCACAGAUUAUAGAACCCGAGUCAGCGGGAUCACACCUCAGCACAUGGUGAGGGCGACACCAUUUGGCGAAGCCAGGCUAGAGAUCCUGCAGCUCCUGAAAGGCAAGCUGGUGGUGGGCCACGACCUGAAACAUGACUUCGACGCCUUGAAGGAGGACAUGAGCAAGUACACCAUCUAUGACACCUCCACAGACAGGCUGCUCUGGCAUGAGGCCAGGCUGGACCAUUACGAGCGCGUGUCCCUGCGGGUGCUGACUGAGCGCCUGCUACACAAGACCAUCCAGAACAACCGUCAGGGCCACAGCUCUGUGGAAGAUGCCAGGGCCACAAUGGAGCUCUACAGAAUCUCUCAGCGACUCAGAGCCAGAGCCCAACAAGGGCUGUCCCGCCUGGGGGCGUCAUACUGAAGGUCAUCCUUGUCCAGGGACCAGAGGCUUCCACUCCUCAAGGACAGUAGUUUUCCACAGAUGAGACCCCGCUUCUAACGACAGCAGCCAACAGCAACAAGAAAAGCAAAACCAGA